CCUCCCUUUCUCCAGCUAUCGAGGGAUGACUUUGUCAAAACAGGGGCCAGUGUUGCCACAAUUCGCGGGUAAUGGUCUCCUGCAGAAUAAGAGAACGAAGAACAGGUCUUCUGUCCGUGAUCUAUUGCGAGUAGCAGCCACAUUUCUUCUUAUCGGCUUUGUUCAUCGAGUUUACCAAGGAACACCAAUUCUGAGCUUCUCCGGAAAGUAUCAUGGGGCCAUUGACCACUCAGUAUUAAAACCACUUUCGUCGCCAGACCUGGAGUCUUUUCAACGAUGUUCAAUAAAAAACCUCCUUGACACAGAUCUUUACUUCCUGAAAAAUAUAAGCCCAGUGUCAUUCUCGGAAUACCAGUCUCGCAGAGACCGGUUAGCAAAUGCUCUCGUAGCAGAUGGCGCAGAUGCUUUCUUGGUAGAACCGGGCUAUACGUUCAAAUAUUAUGCCAAUGUCAGUCAGGUGGAAUGGGAAGUCUGGGAGCCGGAAGAGAGGCCGUUUGUGAUGGUUGUGAGACCAGUCCUUGAGCCGGAGACCGGAAAGAUCGUAUCCAAUACCACUUUUCUCUGCCCGUCUUUCGAGGCGGAAAGAGCUCGACUGCUGGAUAUGCCUUUUGCAGAGCCAAUCCAGAUUAUUCCGUGGGAAGAGCAUUGGAAUCCGUACGCUACCUUGAUGUCGUCUGGGAUUUUUGAAGACUUGAAUCACGCCCCACGGCUAAUGGUCGAUGAAGAGAUGAGAGAUUUUAUCCAGAGAGGUUUCUCGAAGGAAGGCUUUGAUGUUAUUGGAUUAGGAGGCAGGGUUGAGGCUGUCAGGCAGACCAAGUCUCAGGAAGAAAUCGAUAUCUUGCGAGCUGUCAACACUGGGACAGUAGAGGCAGUGAGGCAAAUGAGGAAGUGUUUAACAGAAAACCAAAUCAUAGAAGUCCUCGAUAACACCAUCCGAGCAGCUGGGAUGGAGCCGUUCUUCGAUAUUGUAUUAUUUGACGAAAAUGCCUCGAAUCCGCAUGGCGGUACCAACGGGACCAAGGUUCUCGAAUCAGAGUCAUUUGUCUUGAUCGAUGUUGGGGCACAUCUCCACGGGUACUCCUCAGACAUCUGCCGGACCUUCUUCCCGCCAUUUCUCAAGAAGCCGGAACACAAUGAGGAUAUCCCUCCUCGAUUGAGGAAGAAACUUAAGGUUUGGGAUAUUAUCUUUGAAGCUCAGACUGCAUCGAUUCAUCAAAUGCGAGCUGGUGCAACUGCAGCCAGUGUUGAUCUAGCUGCACGAGCCGUGAUCACGGAUGCUGGUUAUGGGGAAGCCUUUACACACCGUGUCGGGCAUGGAAUCGGUAUAAAAGCGCACGAGAGCCCUUACCUUAAUAAGGGAAAUAUACAUACUAUCCUGGAGACAGGAAUGGCAUUCACGUCUGAGCCUGGAAUAUAUUUAGUUGAUGAAUUUGGUGUCCGACACGAAGAUAUCCUCCUGGUUCAGGAGGAUUCAGACCCCAUUCUUCUGACUGGGCAACGGGCACAGGGGCCCUGGGAUCCGUAG